UUCCUGUGGUUACUCCUCUGUUUGCUUCCAGGUGUCUGCAGCGAGCAGUAAGCCAUCAGCAAAGGCCAACAUCAUGAACAACUUCUUUGGAAAAGCUGCCAUGAAUAAACUCAAAGUCAACUCAGUGCCUGAACAGCCAAAGGAGGAAAAAGAAGCUGUCAAGACUUCAGUUCCUGCAACAGAACCAGAGUCAUCCCCUAAUACCACAGUAGAGAAACCUGGGAGGAAAACAGAGCCUGCUAAAAUUCAACAAAAGGACAAAAAGAGUAAAAUGAAGAGGAUGGACAAGUCUGACAACGAGGAGGAAAGAGAGCCCGAAAAUCAAAAGAAGAAGAGGAAGAGAAUCAAACAACUGGAAUCUGACAGCAGUGAUGAGGAAGAUGUCCCAGCAUCUCCCAUACUCGAGGAAGAGAAAGCUCCAUCUCCACCACCUCUGGUACCUGCUCUGAAGGCUGAGCUGGAGCCAGCAUCUGCUGAGGCUUCAACUGGGGGAAAGAAGAGGAAACGGAAGCGUGUGCUGAAAUCCAAAAUGUUUGUUGAUGAAGAGGAAGGCUGCAUGGGUAAGAGUGGCUGUCUCCCACGCUUCUGCGGGUCCAACUUUUAUUGCAGUUGUACUGAAGAUUUUUUAUGGGUCAGCCUCUCAUGGGCUUAGGAAGAGGUUCACAGU